GAUUCUGAACCUCUCUCUCUCGGUCGUUUGUUCUUUUGCUCUCUCUCUCCCAAAGCAGCCAAGCUCCCCAGCCAUGGUCACCUUCUUCUAAACCGCCAACACUAUCUUUCUUCUCCGCCAAGUUUCUUCUCCUCGCAGUUUCUUUCUUCCUUCUUCCAUAAUUUUCCCGAAGAAGCUUUCUUUAGCAUCUCUCUCUCAUUCGCGAAUCCUUCUCUCCCUGAGCUGAAACAAGAUCUCAUGGCGAAAACAGCUUCUACUCCUCCCGGAACUGGUUCCGAAGCUCCAAGAUCUGAUACACCUGGAGAUGCGUCUGGCAACAAGCUUCAACCUGAUGUCUCCGCCGCCGUCUCAGCAGCACCCGACAAUACUGCUUCCCAGAAACGCGGCCGUGGUCGACCUCCAAAGGCUAAAUCUGGCUCCACGCGAAACGGUGCCGUUUCUGCUAAAAAACCAGUUGGUCGUCCGAAAAGAAACGUAGCUCCUGUUCCCACUGCGUCUGUUGCGGCGGGUGUGAAGAGGCGUGGCAGGCCAAAGAGGUCGAACCCUCCCGCGUCUGUGGUUACUACUGCUACUGGAGAAGGUUCAAGAAAACGAGGGAGGCCGAAGAGAGAUGACGUGGCGGAUGCAACUGUUCCUGUGGCUCCGGCUAAGAAACGUGGACGGAAACCUAACGUCGAGGUAGCUGCUGCUGCAAAGCCUGUGCGCAAGACAAGGAAGAAGAGCAUUUCAGUGGCACCGGUAGCUGCAGGCAUCGGAGAUCUCAAGAGAAGAACCGCACUCUUACAAAAGAAAGUGAAAGAAGCUGCAGCCAAGUUGAAAGCAGCAGUUACAGCAAUUGACGAGGUUCAAGAGAUAGUGGCAAGGAUGUAAAAGCUCUGAUGAUUAGACUCAUUUGUUGGGAGAAAGAAAGACUGAUUGGUUGGUUGGUUGAUGUUUGAUGUUUCACAUUAGGAUUGUUUGUUUGUUUGUUUGUUUACGUGUUCGUUAAGGUUGAGAGGCAGAUUUUUAAACAGUAGAGAGUUGUUAAUGGUCUUUGUGUAGCUCUGAGAUGUAGGGGAAACUUUCCGAAUAGAUUUGCUACUACGUCUUUUGUCGUCAAGAAUUCUUUUAACAUUCUUUUUUUUUUCUGUUGAGGUUUAUAGAUUUGGAGUUUAAUUCUGACA